AAAGGGAACAAAGCAGGUGGCUAAUGGGCUGUUUUUCUGUUUCAGUGGAGCAUGACAGAGAGUUUCACCAUCAGCGCUGCCACUACCGAGAGUUCAGGUUUGAUCUCUCCAGAAUUCCAGAGGGGGAAGCGGUGACGGCUGCCGAGUUCAGGAUAUAUAAGGAUUACAUCCGUGAACGCUUUGAUAAUGAAACGUUCCAGAUUAGUGUUUACCAAGUACUCCAGGAGCACCCGGGAAGGGAUUCAGAUUUGUUCCUGCUCGACUCUCGAACAAUCUGGGCCGCAGAAGAAGGGUGGCUGGUGUUUGACAUUACUGCAACCAGUAAUCACUGGGUGGUGAAUCCCCAACACAAUCUUGGCCUGCAGCUGUCUGUGGAAGGCAUUGAUGGGCAAAGCAUCAAUCCCAAACUGGCGGGUCUGAUCGGAAGGCACGGCCCGCAGAACAAGCAGCCAUUCACGGUAGCCUUCUUCAAAGCCACCGAGGUUCAUCUCCGCAGUAUUCGCUCCACAGGAGGGAAGCAAAGGAGCCAGAAUCGAUCAAAAACACCAAAGAACCAGGAAGCUUUCCGGGUGUCGAACAUUGCAGAGAACAGCAGCAGCGACCAGCGACAAGCCUGCAAGAAGCACGAGCUCUACGUCAGCUUCAGGGACCUAGGGUGGCAGGACUGGAUCAUCGCUCCGGAGGGCUAUGCUGCAUAUUACUGUGAAGGAGAAUGUGCUUUCCCGUUGAAUUCAUACAUGAACGCUACAAAUCAUGCCAUUGUACAGACACUGGUUCACUUUAUAAACCCAGAGACUGUGCCGAAACCCUGCUGUGCUCCUACACAACUCAAUGCCAUCUCAGUGCUCUAUUUUGAUGACAGCUCCAAUGUUAUCUUAAAAAAAUACAGGAACAUGGUGGUACGAGCAUGUGGCUGUCAUUAGAUUUGUAGGAAAGAAAAAAAAAAAAAGUUAUUUGUAAAGCGUGGUUUUGUAUGGCUGUAUGGGGGAGGGGAAAAGGUUAGUGCUCCAGCAACGGGUUUAAAAAAAUCCCAAACAGUUUUUAGGACUGGGCUUCUGAAAGUUCAGACAAUGGAACAGUUUCUGGAUCUAAGUGGCAUUUGAACACAUUUUGUUUUAGUUUAUUACAGACAAUGAGCUUGUAAACUGAAACAAGCCAGAGAAACCAUUUAAAACCAAAUCUGCCUACAAAAUUGGCUCCUACAAUACAUACUUUUGCAAAUGAGUCUUUCUGAAGAUUGCAAACUCACCAGUGUUGAAUGUGAGUUAAAAAAUAGUAAUCUAUCCAAGGUGAGAAUGUGCUGUGACUAAUAAGCAUGUGUAGUUCCUGUAAUGCAGUUUGCAAUAAAAUAAGUGAACAAAAUAUACCUGGAGUGAACAGGUAUUUUGUUAGAGAAUUAUUACUUCCAUCCCUCUGUUUUCUUCAAUUUCAUAAGCAAAAACAAAGAUUAAUUACAUGCAACUUUCAGUUUUAAACUACAGUAGCAAAAGCUAUGUCUGGAUUGAUGCAAAUUCAAGGGACAGAUCAGUCUAAGGAAAAAGAAAAAAGAAUUUGCUAAUUGGCAAGCUAAAGACCUGAAAAAAAUAAUUCCAAAGAGAAAGAUUUUUGGGGGUAUAAUUUUUUUGUCAACAGGGAAGGAGAUUUCCUCUAGGAAGAAUUUGUGUUUGCUAUGAACUUGAAACAGGAAAGCAGCAAAAUGUUAAGCAGAGAUUAAACCUAACAUUAACGUUUAGCUGGGGUGUCCUAGGCAAUCAUGGAGUUGUGAAAGCCAGCUUAAGAUCCUGCUCCUGUUUGGAAAACGUCCAUUGACUUCACUGACAGAACAAGUUUCAACGCUUUUUUGAAAACACAGAGGCUCAAGUGCAAAAGGUGCUGUAAGCUGGGACAUACACCCAGCACUAGACAGACUCAGCUAGAAACGAGCUAGGAAACAGUACUUCCCAGAGUCAGGUUUGCGAUGAAACCCCUGCUCUAUUAUUGGCUUCACCUCUUAAAAAAAAAAAAUAAAAAUCCCUUUCAAGAGCCACACCAACAAGCUGGAACCAGGAACAAGAAAACAUCCCCUCCAGGCUUUUCUUUUUCCUUCUUUUAAAGUCACAGGUUACACAAACAUCACACUUAUGUAAUUAAAACUCAAUUAAAGUUGUUGUGAAGAAGAAUACAAAGGAGCAGUAACCAAUCACAAACCAAUUCAACCCUCUGGCAUACCUUGUGAUUUAAAAAGUAGGACUGACAUAAAUUUCACCAGGGAGAUAAAUAAGAAAAUUCUGUCCAA